ACAUACAUCUUGGUCCGUAGAAUAAUAACACGUACAAAUGCUGUUUUUGUUUUAAUGUCUUCGCACGUGUUACUAAGAGCGUUUUUGAUUUUUUAUGUCGAUUUUCUCAUCAAUCUAUUUUUAUAAUUAUAUCGUCUAAUAUUUAUUUGUUUUUUCUCUAUUUAUUAGUCGGGUCAUCAAGGAUCGGGUAUGAUGGGCUUAGAAGAAUUUUUACAGAAUAAAACCUGGAAUCCGUCUCUUUCAACGGAUGCUAAUGGUAAAAGAAUUCUUCGAAUGCGUUUAGAACUGAAACCGGAUGUGAAAGCGGAUCAAUUAAAACUAACAUUGAAUGGUCAUGAUUUACGUGUAGAGAUUGAUAACAAUGGUCUAAUUAGUUGGAAACAAGUCACACUAUGGCCAACAGCUGAUUUGUCUGAAUUAAAAACAGAAUUCAAAGACGAUCAUUCCCUUCAUAUUGAACAUCCAAUUUAA